AUGGAAGUAAUUUUACCUUCAGAUUUUUCGGACCACCAACAAUCGGGUAUCGUUUUAGCAAUGAACGGCACUGGGCGAUGUGUGGUCAGUGCUAACAAAGCUAGCCACUACUGCGGAGAAGUUGAAGUGACAGCACCACCAUUUCCACCUUCUCAGGCUGGUCAAUGUCAUUUUUCAAGUAAAAGUGGCCGUCAAAUUUGCUGGCCACGAUAUGAGGUAUUGGAUACCAGCUGUACCGAUAUUGGAAAUGGUAUGGUAUCCGCACCUGCUAUUAAACAUGCUGCUAUUCGAUCAAUGGCAUUUGUACCUCCGGAUAACCUUCGACGUAUUAUUCGACUGUACUAUCGUAAACAAGGCAUGCCACUCCCACGCAACAUAACGUACAGCAAAAAUUCGUUUCUAUUCGUACGGUACGAGUGUGACCAUGGCUAUGAAUUUGUAGAUGAAGUUAAUUCCAUGUUUUGUGCCAAUCGACAGUGGAUAACAACUUCACCAAAAUGUAGAGGAAAAGGAUUAUGUGAAAUAAAUAAUGGUGGAUGUAGUCACUCUUGCUUAUCGAUUCAAGAUCAAGAAGUAGAAUGUCACUGUCCGAAUGGAUUUGUUCUAGAUAGCAACAAAAAAACUUGCAUUAAACCGAUUCCCAAGAAUUUGUGUCGAAUUUUGAGCAGCUGUUCCUGUUCUACUAUUGAUGAAAAUCAGUACUCUUGUACAUGUCCGAAGGGAGAAAAAUGCUUAUUACUUCGUGGUCGACCAAAAAUUUAUAUAGAACCAUCAGCACCGUAUGAAAUUGCCCCCGGUGGAAAUUUGAAUAUUACAUGCUCAGCGGUUUCAUAUCCAUUUCCACAAAUAUUUUGGCAAAGGGGUGAUGAGGCAGUUGACAUUGCACCAGUAAAACCAGGCACUGUUCGAAGUGAACAAAUUUUAAUUAUCAAAGAGUUAUACAAAAAUACUCAAUUCACGUGUCAUGCCAAUAAUUCCUUAGGAAAAGCAGAACGUACAAUAGAGAUUGUAGUCACCGGUCCUGGGUCAGCGCCGAUAAUUCGUGGUAUUGGUGCUGGUCGUACUUCUGUUUACGUUAGAUGGGAUCCACCAGUAAUAUUGAAUCGACCAGUUACUUCAUAUACUGUCUACUAUACUAUAAGUGGUCACAAGCCAAUCAAAAAUUGGAGAAAAUUGAAUGUUGAGGAACCUAAUCGUGAGAUAAUGAUCAAAGACCUUCGACCGCAUACACAAUACUUCAUUCGUUUACGAGCAAACGAUAAACUUGGCCCAGGGCGUUUGUCUAGCCCAGUUUCGCUUAAAACACGUCAACCAGCAGCACGUCCUCAGCUUCAUAUUCCUGAAGGUAAUGUGGUGCAGGUACCUCCUUUAGUGCCAUUCAAAAUUAAUUGCAAUGUGACACGUGGAGAUCCAUUACCAAAAAUCGCUUGGUACACAAGAGCUCGACCAAUUAAUAAGCCACAGAAAAAAAAAUUUAUAACAAUGGAACAUGGUGGAUUGUAUGAAAGCACCAACUUCUCGUGUGUAGCAGAUAAUGAAGCUGGUCGAACGAGCAAACGUGUACAAGUUAUUGUAACUGGACCAACCUCACCUGAACGUAUCCGAUAUCAAAUUGAUGGCAAUAAUGUUGACUUGCAAUGGGAGCCUCCCAGGAUUACAAAUGGACAUUUGAAAGAUUAUGAAGUUAUGUACACAGAUGAUUUAAACUUACCAGAAGAGCAAUGGCAAGUUGCUAGAGCAGGUAGUGCUGAUGCACGCAUGUUACGUGUGCCAAAUUUGAAAGAAAAAACAGAUUAUACAUUCAAAUUGAGAGCAUAUAAUGAACUAGGUCCAGGUCUUUCAAGUGGCCAGUUUACGUUAACGACUUGGCUGGCAGUUUUGGAAGAAAAUUCUGCAAUUGCAGCUCGUUCACCAGCAGUAACAAUAGUUCCUGCUGUAAGGAUUAUAAGGCACCCAAGCAACGAAGAACUCAUAUUUGAAUGCGAAGCGGUUGGCGUGCCAAGGCCCAAAAUUCUGUGGCUCUGGAGCGGUGGCUUGAUUGAAGAUGGCAAAAACGAAUUUCGCAUAUACGAUGUAACACCAUCAGAUGCGCAAGAUCGAUCGAGCAGCAAACUGAUAGCUGAAAGAACUAAUCGAGCAGGAGUAGCAACUUGUCAAGCUGUUAAUCCACAUGGUUCUGAUGAAAAACGAACAGAAGUGAAAAUUGUUGGACCAGGAAGUCCACCCCGUAAUAUUUCCUCCAGUCCAAGUUUCGAUGGAUUUAGAGUGACUUGGAAUCCACCAAAAUAUCCAAACGGAAAAAUAACUAAAUACAUAAUUUAUUACACGAAAAAUCCUGAUGCCGCAUUGGAAGAUUGGGAGCAGAUAAGUGUUGACGGUCAAGUACACGAGGCCACAGUUCUUGCAGAUGAGGAUACUCCUUAUAACGUAAGAAUACGAGCGUUCACUAAAGAUGGUCCAGGCAUUGUCUCUGAAGCAUAUGAUGUCACUACUGGGAAAAAACCAGUUCCACUGACCAUCAAGUUAAUCAUAAUGGAUCCUCCAGUACAAGAAGGUAGCUUUGAAACAACAAUUGAGCCACUCCAGAUGAUUAGCUUUACUUGUCAAGCGGAAGGAAGGCCAGCACCACAGAUUUCAUACACUUGGCUUCCAUUCAAUGAAACCGAAAGUGGACAGGAACCGGUUCCAAUCCCUGCUUAUUCUGAUCCAACUCAAGUUCACAAGUACCAUUCUUUAGCUGUGGAAACAAACACAGCAACUAAACGAGCAUUAAUGUGCAAUGCACGUAAUCCCGAUGGCACUGUCAGCGAUCAACAUAUUUUCAAUGUUAUAAAACCAGGUAGUCCACCAGAAAAUAUACAUCCAAUAAUUGAUCCGGAUAAUCGUGUUACAAUAUCCUGGCAGGAGCCAAAGUAUCCAAAUGGACCUAUUUUGAAAUACAAAGCAUACUUGACAUCUGAUCCUGCAAAGCCAAUAGAUUCGUGGGAUAUUUAUUAUAUUCCAAUUGAAGAAACGCAAGGACUUGUACUGGAAAGGGGUAAAUUGCAACCAGAAACACCUUACUACAUUAAAGUAGCUGCAGUUGGUGAAGGUGGAGAGGGUGUACAGUCUGAUAGCAUUUUAUUCGAAACCGUCAGCGGAGCACCAGUCGAUGCACCAAAAGAUUUAUUAGCAACUGUUCAACGUGAUAACACUAUAGAUAUAUCCUGGGCAGGUCCCAGCAUUGCGAACGGUCCCAUUCAGUCGUACACUAUUUACUUCACUCCAGUGGAUCAACUCGCAUCAGAUGAUUUAUAUAAACAGUGGGAUAAAGUCAUUGUUCCAAGUAACAAGAGUACCGAAAACUUCCAACUAAAUAAAGAUACUUACAAUAUUAUGCCCAAUCGAGAAUACCGAAUCCGUAUAUCUUCAACUAAUGAUCUUUCAGAAGGCCCAGCAAGUGAAAGUAUAACAGUUAAGACUGAAAGUGGAGAAACCUUACCAGUAAUACAUCUUGAGCCAUCACACAAUCCAGCCAUUGUCCCACCACAUGGUACAAUAACUGUACAAUGUACCGCAACUGGAAUACCACCACCCAGCGUGAUUUGGAUUAUUGGCAUAAAUGCUAGUGAUGUUAUCCGAGGAUCAGUUUUACAAUUAACGGAUGUCUACAGAGAUGAAAUGGCAACAUGCAAGGCGGAAAAUUCCGCCGGACAAGUUCAGGAAGUACUACAAAUACUCGUAUCCGGUCCUGGUACACCACCAAACGAAAUCGUUGCUCUUCCUCUUGAAAAUCAGCAAGCCAAUAUUGAAUGGACAACGCCUGAUAGUCCUAAUGGCAAAAUCACUGAUUAUGUUGUUCAUUAUGGAGAAGUGAUGAAUGGAGAAGCUGUUCCGCGUGAAUGGCAGACCAUAAGAAUUCCAGCUGCAGAAUCGCAAAAGUAUCGUCUUACGGGACUGAAACCAAAAGCUAAUUAUGCUGUACGAUUGCAAGCAAUCAGUGAUCGUGGACCAGGUGUUUUGUCGGAUCCAGUUCAUAUAACUGCACUGCCAUUAGCACCAGCUAUUGUGCAACCAAACGAUGUGGUAGUUCAUGACAAUAAUACUGUCGCAAUUCAGUUUGAUGCUCCAAGAGAUCCUGAAGAUCCAGAAAAGCCAAUCAAAGAAUUUGUUGUCCAUUAUACUGAUGAUGAUCCUACUAGUGAAAAUGCUCACUGGACAGAAAUGUUCUGGACUGAGCCAGAUGAUGAUUUUACCGUUAGUAUUCCUAUUGGUGGUGAACAUUUUAAACCAGAUACGAAGUACUCCAUUAAGGUGAUAGCUCGAGGUGAAAUAGAUGGUCCACCAUCAGAACCCAUCAUUUUCCAGACUGGAGAUGGAAUUAUACCACCGGAGAAACCAAAAAUCAAUGCAGAUGCACCAGACUCUAUGAUUCGUGUACCAGCUGGUAGCGAUUACACAGUUAGCUGUUCCUCAAGUGGAUAUCCAACUCCAACAAUCACUUGGAUUGAUAAAAAUGACCAGCUUCUUAGCGAUGGACCAAUGCUAAGACUACAAGAUGUAAAAGAGACCGUUAAUGCGAAAUGUGUUGCCGAAAAUGAAGGUGGACGAGCUGAAACGCCGUUUGAAAUCUUUGUUACAGGUCCGGGUAGUGCACCAAAUAACAUUCGCUUAAAUUCUUUGAGACCUCGCACAAUUCACGUUGAUUGGGAUCCUCCAAAAAUACCUAAUGGAAAUAUUAUUCGUUAUAUCAUUUACUACACUCCACUGGACGACCAGAAUAUUGUAUAUCAGGUGGGACAAAUUCCGAAACAGCCAAUAACAGAAUGGAUGACUUAUCAUCAAGAAGGUGACCAGUUAACAACAACUCACCAAGAAAGUGACCUGACUGAUUUUGUGGAACCAGACACAGCUUAUGCUGUGGUACUACAAGCCGUAAAUCAAGAUGGAGCAGGACCAUAUUCCGAACAGCAUACUAUCCGAACUAUGUCACGAGCUCGCGAAAGCCCACCACUUAAUUUGCGGGUUGAACCAAAGGAUCAGAGAUCAGCAAAUGUUGAUUGGCAGAAACCGAUGACUAGCGAGCAAUCGCCCAUUGGUUAUGAGUUAUAUUAUAUCAAAGCAGACACUAAAAUUUGGGAAGAUGACUUGGCCAGCAUUAAUGACUGGAGCAUGAUAGCAAUAACAGGAACAAAUGAUGAUACACUUCACUACAAGAUUGACGGAUCACUGGAACCAGACACCGAGUAUGUCUUCCGCAUGCGUGCUAUUUAUUCAGAUGGGGCGAGCAUAUUUUCAGAAGCUUGCAUUACCAAAACUCUUCCAGAUGGCAACGCUCCAUAUAUAAUGAUUUCAAAUGGCGACCACGGAGUGGAAGGCAAGACAGAAAUUACCAUUCUUCCGGGAUCAGCUCUUGACUUAUCGUGUAAUGCAACGGGGCAACCACGUCCAAGUGUUAAAUGGAUUCGUGGUGGGCGUUAUCCUAUUGAUCCUGCAUGGAUAAAAUCAGAUGAAAAUUAUGCGGUAUGGUUUUUGAAAGUAUCUAACAUAACAGAAGAUGCAUCGUUUAAUUGUGUUGCACAAAGUUCCCUUGGUUUUGCCAACUGGACCAUUAGCGUUCGCCUUAUUCCAGAUCUUGCACCGACCUGGAAACAUGAUUUUGUAAGUGCUAAAAACGAAAACAAUGAAGUUGUGCUUCACUUCACAGAUAUUUUACCCGAUUAUCUGAACGGACUGAAUCUGUGGAAUAUUUACUGGACUGAUAACCCAUCUAAGCCUUUCGAAGCAUGGAAUGUUAUUCGAAGUCAUAAUAAUCCUCUUGAGCGUAUAGCUAUUACUGAUAUGGAACUAGGUACUAAAUAUUAUUUGGUGAUCGAGCAACCUUCUGCUGGAAUCAAAACACCAGUCUUCGAUAUAAUGGCUCCGAAGCCAGCUAGUGAAAUACGAGUGGGAACUGAUAUUAACGGCGAAACUGUGCUGGAUUUCAAGCCAGCACUCGCAGCAGAACCAAUUAAAAAAUAUAUCAUUAAGUACUGGCCAGAAAAUGAUUCAUCAGCUGUAAUGUAUAUGGAAACACCAAUGAAUGUUACCGAUAAGAUCAUUUUGGAUGGCUUGCAACCUGAUACAGACUAUACUUUCAUAGUUGUGGCGAAAUUUGAUGAUACUGAUAAUCUUCAGAGCGAACCUUCUAAAGUACGUACACCCUCUGGAGAUAUUGAAUGCCACUGUGCACAUGCUUGCAUGUUCGAAGAAGAUGAAGAAGGUGUUAUCAGCUCAUCAUGCUAUUGCCACAGUGGCUUUAAACUUUCUAGUGAUAAAAGAUCAUGCGAACCUUUGGAAGAAGAUGAAGAAGAUGGUAUUGUUCUGGUAACACCACCUACAUUCUUCCCUGAUUCGGAGCAUCCAAAAGAGCUAUCCACGAAUCCAUCUAUUUUCGAUAGCUUGGUACCAGUUUCUGAGAAAAUCGAUUCAGAAAAAUCCAACCUUACAAAAUUAGGAGAGCAAGAAGAUGAAAGAUUGAAAACAGAUUCUAAAGCAACUAACGAAUAUGUACCAACAAUUAUAUCAGAGCAAGGCCUUCUGGUAACUGAUAAGAGUACGCAACCAACAGUUACUGAUCAUGUUGAACAAAUUGUGAGCAAAGAUACGUUAGAUCAUACUUUGAUACCUGUUGUUAAUUUUGAUAGUAUUCCUUUUUCAACCAAUGAAUAUGGACAGAAAGUCGAUAACCUUGGAAAUCCUAUUACUUGGGAUGAAGAUGAUCUGCCGAUAGGGCCGAACGGUACACUUCCACAUCUCAAUUUUGGAGGUGAAUAUGUUUAUCCUGUCACUGACAUAAAUAAAAAACCACUACCAACAGAUAUAAAUAUGAAACCGAUCUAUCCAAUCGUAGGACCAGACAAUCACCCAAUCCCCAAAAAUCAGGAAGGUUUGUACAUCGAUCCAAAUGGCCAAGUGAUUCCAACAGAUGAUGAAGGACGUCCUAUAAGUGUUGAUGGGUCACCUUAUCCAACCGAUGAAGAAGGUCGUUUUAUUGUUAUAUCCUCUAGUGAUGUCACUAAAAAAACUCUAGCAACAGAUGAGUUAGGACGUAACAUUUAUCCAGUUUAUUAUCCAGACGGAAUGAUACUCCCAACAGCAGAAAAUGGUCAGUACACCGAUGAACGUGGGCAAAUUAUUCCAACCAAUGAGAUUGGGCUACCUAUUAAUGAGCAUAGUGAAGUUCUACCUACAGAUUCUGAAGGAAACUUUGUUUAUGUAGGAGAAUAUGUUGUGCCUACUGAUUCUAAUGGGCAGCUUGUUAAAGUAAAAUACGACGGAAAACUUCUUAAAAGCAACAAAUUUGGGAACAUCAUUGGCCCUAAUGGAGAAGUACUUUCAAUAAACGAACAAGGACAUCCAAUUGACGGCUCUAACAACGUUUUCCCAACUGCUUCUGAUGGAACUUUUAUACUACUGACAGAUAGAAAGGAAAGUGAAUUAAUUUUGAACAAAACAAAGCAAGAACAAACCUUUAAUAUCCUGGGACCAGAUAAAGAUUUACUACCAACCGCAGAUGAUGUGUCGGCACUGGAUCCUUUUGUGCACUCCCAUUGGAAACCGUCUCCAGCUGACAAUAAUGAACAACUUAUUCAUCCAGAAAGCAGCUUGAAUCAACAAUUACUGUCUACCAACCAAUCAGGUGAGUCUGUUUAUGCUAUAGGAACUCAACUCCAAAAGAAAUUGAGCAGGACGAAUUAUUCUGAGAUCGGACUGGAUGACAAACUAUUGCAAAAAAGUCCCAGUACUAUUUCUAUUGAUCCGCAUGGAAUACCGAUUCCAACAGACUUUAGUAGAGACUCUACAGAUAGUGUUGGCAGACCGUUAUCUCAAAAUCGUGGUGAAAAAAUAAUUUAUCCAAUAAGUGGUACUUAUGAUAAACCAAUGCCGACAGAUGAAAGUGGAAAAUCUGUAUACUUCAUUAUAGGACCUGAUGGAGAACUAUUUAAAAAAGAUCACACCGGUGCAGUAAUUGAUACUAGUGGUCGACCUAUUCCCACAAAUUUUGCUGGUAUUCCGGUUGAUAAAUACGGAAAACCAUUACCUGUCGACAAAAACGGUUUCAUCAUUUAUCAUACGGAAGAAUAUACAACUCAGGCAUCUGGAACAGAUAAAGCUGAUGUUCCUAUUUAUGUAAUCGUAGGACCUGACGGAACAGUACUUGAAAAGAAUGUUGAUGGUGUUUUCAUUGAUCCUCAUGGGAGACCGAUUCCAACAGACUCCAGUGGAUAUCCUACAGAUAGUCUUGGUAGACCGUUACCUCGAGAUCGUAGUGGGAAAAUAAUUUAUCCAGCUAAUGAUGUAGAUGGUGAACCAAUGUCGAUAGAUGAAAGUGGUAAGCCUGUGUACACUGUUGUAGGACCAGAUGGUUUGUUGCUUCCAACAAACGAAUUUGGCUUGAUUAUUGGCUUUGACGGUAAUCCUUUGCCUACAAAUGAUUUUGGUAAACCUGUUGGGCCUGAUGGAUCACCCUUGCCCACUAAUGAAUUAGGUCAUAUCGUACAUUUUCCUCCAGAAGAACCGCCUACAGUUCUUUCAACAAACGAAUAUGGCCAAAUUGUGUAUCCUAUUGUGGACACAGACGGUAAACUGCUGGACAAAGACGAUAGUGGAUUUCAUAUAACGAAGUACGGAAUUCCAGUGGAGCUUAAUGAAAAUCAUUUUCCUGUAGGUCCUGACGGAAACAUUCUUGCGACUGAUUCUAAUGGAAAUUAUAUUUUUCCAGAUGUCGAGGGAAUGGUGUUUCCAGCAGAAAAAACUGAUGGAACAGUAUAUUCUGUCACAAGUUUCGAUAGAAAGCUUCAUUCUACUGAUUCAAGUGGUGCCGCUGUUGAAGAGAGUGAUAAUUUAAUUCCAACAAACGAAUUUAAUAAUUCUGUAGAAAUGGAUGGCAAAGUUUUACCCACAGGAAAACACAAGUAUUUGGAAAUAAAUACAACAGCGUCUCCAGUUACAGUUUUUGGUCUCGAUUCCAAGGAGCGGAAAGUUAUUAAUGUAAUGGACAGUGAAGGUCGAUUAUUAUCAACGGAUGAUUUGGGUCGAUUUCAAAUAGCACCUGGCAAAUUUUUAAAAAGUGAUGACAGUGGUAGACCAAUUGGACCAGAUGAUCAAUUACUUCCAACAGACAGUUCAGGCAACUAUGUGUACCUACCAAAAGAAAAACAUCCAAUCGAUGAUGAUUUGGAACAUAAAUUAGAGAUAGAUCAAACGAGCCCAGCGAGUGAAUCAACUAGUAUUUCUAUUGAUCAAAGCAGCAAAAUUUCAGCUACUGAUCUCAGUACUGUCGAAUCUAGAGGAAGUGCUUUGUAUGACCAUGCUCAUAACUGUUCCACAAAGAAUGGUGUGAUGGAUAUUGUAGUGGUGAUUAAUAUGGAGAGCUUGGACCAAAUAAGUUUUGAGCAGAUCAAAAAUGUUAUGAAAAAUUUAGUCGAUAAAUAUUUUGAUCUUGCACCAGAUAUGUCUCGUUUUGCUGUGAUAAAGUAUAGUGGAAGCGCUGAGGUUCCAAUUACGUUAGGUGGUUACAACGAAAAAAUUGAACUUCUGGAAGAUUUAAAUCAAAUUAAGUAUGAGCACGUCAAGGAGCAUUCCAGGAUUAGUGUAGGAAUCAAUGCUGCAGCGCAGCAGUUUGUUUCGUUCGGAAGAGAAAAAGCCGGCAAACUAAUAUUAUUGGUAACAGAUGGACAAGACAUAUAUCCAGAGGACCACUUUGACGAUGUGAUUCCGAUGCUUAUUGUCGGAAAAACUAAAUUUGAAGAGGAAAUUAGAGACCAUACAAAGUCAUACAUCUUAAUAGAAGCUUGGCCACAACUACGAGAUGAUACAAUCGUUAAGACGAUCAGGGAGGAAUGUCUAAGAGGAAGAAUUCCUAUUCCAACUUUUGAUAAAUCGAAAUCUGAAGAAUUUGAGAUUUCAAACAGUUCGCCACUACCUACAGAUGAAUUUGGUCAAAUAGUAAUUUUUCCCACUGAUGAACCAGCUGUAAUGGCUACUGAUGAAUACGGUCAUGUAGUAUUUCCCAUUCGAGAUAUCACUGGAAGAACUUUGCCUAAGAAUGAAGCUGGCUCAGUAGUAAACAGACUUGGCCAAUUAAUUGAAUUUGAUGAUUUCGGAAAACCAGUAGGCCCAGAUGGAAGACCCUUGAUGUCUGAUGAAUCUGGAACAUAUAUUUAUCCUGCAAUUGAUAACAGUGGCAAACCAGUACCCACUGAUAUGAACAAACGCCCCAUUUAUAAAGCUGUAGAUGAAAAUGGAAACCCACUAGAAACCGAUGAAAAUGGUGUAGCAGUGGAUAUAAACAGACAACCUAUACCAACAGAUUUGUUUGGAAGGUAUGUAGAUUCGAAAGGAUUACCAUACUCGUUUGACAGUGAUGAAAACAUUGUAAUUCCAAAACUGUUUACAAAAGUUGGUGAUACAGAUAAUUAUACCAUCAGUUCGGAUAUGUUGUUACCAACCAAUACCUCAAACACUUAUUUAAAUUAUUCAGAAAUGGAUAGAAAUCAAAAAUUGUUACCAACCAAAGAAUAUGGAAAAUCAUUGAUAUCUCAUCAUUCACUCACUGCUACUGAUACUGCUGAAAAAUAUACUACAGACACUCAGUCUUCAGAUAAAUAUAGCCAAAUUUUUCAAAAUCCAGACGUUGAGCCAUUGACGACGGAUGAGAGCGGAAACUAUAUUGACCGUCAAGGUCGACCACUGCAAGUCGAAGUUGAUCAUGUUGGUAGACCAAUUGGUGCUAUACAAAAGCUGGAUCAUGUGCCAGAAGGAACAAAGCUAAUUGUCGUCGAUCUGUACGGAAGACCGUUGCCAACAGACGAAUAUGGUAAUACAGUGUUUGCUGAUGGUAGCACAGUACCUACUGAUGCUUCCGGACACCCAAUCGGACUAGAUGGUUCUGUAAUGCCUCUUGACGAUCGCGGACGUUACAUAUCUGAUUAUAUACCAGAUACGGCUGAUUUACGUGAAUUAGAACAUCUAACAAAAGCACAGACAUGUGAUAAAGUUGACAAACCUGCUAACAUUAUUUUUGUCAUAGAAUCAUCAGAUGCUAUACGAACAAAACUUACGGAAAUAAAACAUUUAUUGAUAAAUUUUAUCAAAAAAAAUAUAAAUUGGGCCAUUGUGAAAAUUGGCUUGGUUUCUUACGGAAGCACAGUGGAUGUUAAUUUGGAUAUUGGGAAUUAUGAGAACUAUGAAGAGUUAGAACAAUCUAUUAUCAGUUUACCAUUCAUCGGUGGCUCUGGAUCUGGAGAUGAACAUGCGAUGAGGACUUCGCUUCAGUUAUUCCGUGAAAAAUACAGCAGCAAUAAUGCAGAACUGAUAGUGCACAUUUAUAAAACGUCCAUCAGCAAAGAUGCCCAAGUUAUGGCUAAUCACUUGCGAGCAAACGAAACUAUAAUGAUUCUGUCACUUGGAGCUGAGCAGUGGUACCGAUUGAAGGACGAAGAAGAGAUGAGAAAAUUAAGGAGUGAUAUGUGUCUGAUGUUGAUGAAAAGUCAAACUGCACAAACGAGAAAAUCCCCUGAGCAAGAUUUCCCUAGCAAAUCACCAACAAAACAAGAAAUAAAGCAACCUAUACAUUCGAAAAAAGAAACAGAUGGGAGGCACGUAUCGAAAGACGAAGGAAUAGUUAACACUUACGAAUCGCCACCGCCAACUCACGACCAGAGUUGGUAUCUGUUGGCUGAAAAAGAAAUUGAAAAGGCAUUAAUCACCGAUGGAAAACCUAUCGCUACUGACAUCUACAAACGACCGAUAUAUCCAGUGGUAGAUGCAAAGGGUAGAGCAUUACCAACUGAUGAAUCCGGCUUCACUCUAGAUCAAUACGGAAAGCCGAUACCAACUGAUGAAUCCGGAGUGCCUCUCAAUGCUCAUGGCCAGCCUCUUGCCAAAGAUGAAUAUGGUCGUUACAAACUUGACACAUCUGAUCUGCCUGCACCUUUCUUGACCACAGACGAAUGCGGUAAAGUGAUAUACCCUGUGUUUGGUCCUGAAGGCAGAUUGCUUUCAACUGAUGAAACGGGCAGGCUCGUGGAUCAUAAAGAA